GGCCCGCUGCAGACUUACUUACCUUUUUUUUUCUCUCUCCAGCAAUUCUCCACUAGCAUAGUCCUUACAUAAUUUCUCUUCCGACAGGCUGAGCGCCUCAUACUGAGUGCUAUUGUACGUCUGCGAAUAUUUUCCGUGGGGAAGAGUCAUGGGUGCACCAGGCAGAUCACCUAACCGGACUGCCUCCGUGGAUUUCAUUGACCACCAUCUGCCUCAGAUCAAUCCAGUCUUCGAGCAUCCGGGAAUUGAGUAUGACUGCACCGAGGGAGAAUAUCUUCCUCCAACAAUAAUAGCCACCAGCCCGGUCGAGGGCGAUCUCAUCCCUCCCCGACCCGCUGUUCCUCAGGUUGACGCCAUGAGAUUCUGGUCGGACAUUUUUCCUGACUGCAUGGUUGAAUUAAAGCAGAAGCAUCCGGAACCUGCAGAACCAAGAACCAAAGGGUGCAGCAUUCGCAGUCAAUCCGACUGGGAAGGAGUCCGAAGCCGGCUAGACAAGGCGCAGAGUCAUUAUGAAGUGCCGAAAAGAACAAUAGCCAAGGGCUUAUUCAAGAUGGUCUAUCGCAAAGCAGCCGACAACACUGAGCAGGCCAAGAUGGUCAGCAAGCUACUGGCUCAGGUCGAAAACAUCUCGCCCUUCAUCGCGACAAUCGAUAUUCUCUUGGAUGCGGCGACGAUGGCGUCCAAAGUGCGCGAAAAGGUGACUUCGGCAUUCGAGCCCGAGGCGCUGAAAGACGACUUCGAGAGCAUCGAAUUUUUCAGGGCCACGUUUCCUAAAGAUCGAAAGAUCCGAAAGAAAUCAGUGACGCUGGCUGUUUCGGUCUUCGAAGCGAUUGAAAAUGCGAUCGGGUUCUUCCUUAGCCAUGAUUUUCAUCCGACAGUCUCACGUACCUGGCGUAUCUUGGCAGAGGGGAGUGAGUACCAGGGAAAACUCAUCCGUAGCAUUGAGGUAAUUCAGAAACACAGCUCGAAGCUAGCAAACCAGGCGCGUAAGGCAGAAAUGCACAGCACGCGUGUCGCGUUGGAAGACUUGAUCCGGGGUAAAGAAGUCGCAACGGCCGUCACGCUCGCCAAUUCAGACAAACUUGACGAAGCGAAGAAGGACCGACAACGGCUGGCCGAUGAGCAGAUAGCACGGAUGUUGAAUCAUCUGAACGGAUUGUUUCAGGUGGCAGAGGAGCGAGAGAAACAGUGGGAGGAAAGAGGGAGGAAACGGGAGGAGCGCGAGAGGCGAAGAGAAGAAACGGCCAGGAGACAGUCCGAUGAGACAAACCACUUGCUCGAGCACCUUUGGGCCUUUAACCCAAGCCAUUACCAGUUCCUCUUGGAUGCCCCCAACUGUGCAGUCGCCCUUCUAUCCCAAUUUCCUCGCAUAACCUCAGUUGUUUCUGAGGCCAACGAUAUCGCACAAAUCCUCUCUCAACGCGCACGUAUUGCGCUUGCGUCGCGACGACGGGCUGAAGCCGCGCUAGCGACCGGUCAUGUGCGCUUGACCUGGCUCUGCUCUCUUCACGACGAAGCUGAGUACCACAGAGACACAGUGGGUGGAAAGGGCAUGAUCAAAGCAUUUCUAGCCCAGCUGCUGCGGCAGCACACCUUCGACCAGAACACUUUACAGGAGGGUCAAACUUAUCUCAAAGACAAAAGAAAUUCCAGUACAGAGGCUCUAUGUAAGCUGUUUGCUUGGCUUGUCCGCAAACUUCCGAAGGGGCUCAAACUUAUCGUCAUAAUGGAUGAGCUUGGACGAUAUGAGACGGACGAGUACGAGAAAGGCAUGCUUCGAACGCUGAGGACGAUCCUGGGUCUAUCGCGAGAUCGAACGGUGCCCUGCCAGGUCAAGGUUCUGGCCACGAGCGUCGACAUCACAGACACCGUUCAUAACACAUUUCAGGAUGAUGACGAUUGUUUGCUUGACUUCGACACUUUGGAGGAAGUGGACGAUAUCGGAGAGAUGGAGUUUAACACUGAUUUGGCUCGCGAUGAUGACACUAGCGAUGAUGAAGAGUGA